UGUCACGUCAUUUGACAGCCAAGAGCACCCUCAUUGAAAAUAUCUGACAAUUUGGAAGUUGAUGGACCAACGAUGACGACCCCGCAGCAAACUCCUGCCCCUGCACCGAAAAGAGGAAUCGUUAAACAGAUUGUCUCCGGCGAUUCUGUUAUUAUUAGAGGACUUUCCGGGGCACCUCCUCCAGAAAAACAAAUCGCUUUUUCUGGUGUAACUGCUCCGAAAUUGGCACGACGACCUGGGGGACCAAAUGACACAUCUGGCGAAACGAAAGAUGAGCCUUGGGCUUGGGAGGCCAGGGAAUUUCUGAGAAAAAAAUUAAUUGGUGAAGAAGUACUCUUUACAUCAGAAAAACCUCAAAAUUCAGGAAGAGAAUAUGGCGUUAUAUAUUUAGGAAAAGACAUCAAUACUGCAGAGAAUAUUACGGAAUCUUUAGUAUCUGAAGGUUUGGUAACGGUUAGAAGGGAAGGAGUUAGACCUACUCCCGAACUUUCAAGAUUGUGGGAACUUGAAGAUGCUGCAAAAGCUGCUGGGAAAGGAAAAUGGAGUAGCAACCCUUCAUCGGAGCAUGUUCGAGAUAUUAAGUGGUCGGUUGAUAAUUUGAGAGCUUUUGUUGAUAAAAGUGAUGGAAAACCUAUUAAAGCUGUUAUCGAACAUGUCCGCGAUGGGUCUACCGUUCGCGCUUUUCUUUUACCAGAUUUCUAUUAUGUUACCCUGAUGAUUGCUGGCAUUCGAUGCAAUGGAUUUAAACUUGAUGACCAGGGCAGACCUGAUCCUACCCAAAAAGUUCAAUAUGCUGAAGAAGCAAAGUAUUUUGUCGAAGUACGUCUUUUGCAAAGAGAAGUUGAAGUUUUUCUAUAUUCUGUUAAUAAUGCAAACAAUUUAAUUGGCAGCGUCGUGCAUCCAAAAGGCAACAUCGCAGAGAUAUUGCUUCGUGAAGGAUUUGCUAAGUGUGUAGAUUGGUCUUUGGCCUCAUUACCUUCAGCAGAUAUUCAGAAGUUGAGAGCAGCUGAACUAAAAGCUAAAAAUGAACAAAAACGCAUUUGGAAAGAUUACCAAGCAAAAGCACCGCAAAUAUCUGGUAAAGAGAAGGAGUUCACAGCAACCGUCAUUGAGGUGGUUAAUGGUGAUGCUUUGCAAUUGAAACUUGCUAAUGGCGAAGUCAAGAAAGUGUUCUUGGCCAGUAUUAGGCCUCCAAGGGAACCUGGUAAGGCUGGACCCGAUGAAGAUGGAAAAUUACCACCCAGGCCGAAAGGUUUUAGGCCAUUGUAUGAUAUUCCCUGGAUGUUUGAAGCUAGAGAGUACCUUAGGAAAAAAGUCAUUGGAAAGAAAGUUCACGUUGUUGUUGAUUACAUUCAAGAAGCUAGAGAUAAUUUUCCUAGAAAAGAAUGUGCCACCGUAACUAUCAGUGGAAAGAAUGUCGCAGAAGCUUUGGUUUCGAAAGGUCUUGCAACAGUUGUAAGAUACAGACAGGAUGAUGAUCAGAGAAGUUCUCGCUACGACGAAUUACUAAAAGCAGAAACAAAAGCAGAGAAAUCACAACUUGGUGUUCAUUCAAAGAAAGAUGGGGCUCCUUUGAGAGUUACUGAAAUUGAUGGUGCUAGAGCUAAAUUGGAGCUAGCUUCAUUUCAACGAGCUCAGAGGAUUGACGGUAUAGUGGAAUUUGUAGCCAGUGGGUCAAGAUUUAGGAUAUAUAUUCCAAAAUCAAACAGUCUGUGUACAUUUUUACUUGGGGGUAUCAAUUGUCCAAGAGCUAGCCGCCCCGCCACUGGUAAUCUACCCGCUUCCCCAGGAGAAGAGUAUGGCGACGAAGCUCUUCAAUUUACGAAAGAGAGAUGUUUGCAGAGGGAAGUGUCGAUUCAAGUGGAUACACACGAUAAAGCCGGAAACUUCAUUGGUUGGUUGUGGGUCGACAAUUUGAAUAUGUCAGUCGAGCUGGUCAGAGCUGGUUUGGCAUCCGUUCAUUUUUCAGGAGAAAAAUCAUCCUAUGCUUCGCAGUUGAAACAAGCUGAAGAUGGUGCCAAAUCUCAAAAACUGAAAAUAUGGAAGAACUACGUAGAAGAAGAACCGAAGGAGAAAGUGGAAGAAGAACGCCCUAACGUCGAACGAUCGGCCAAUUACGAAGAAGUUAUUGUAACAGAAAUAACUCCGGAAGGGUCGUUCUUUGUGCAAAAGGUGGCCGAAGGUCCUAAAGCGGAAUCGCUGCUCUCGAAAUUGCGACAGGAGUUUGAAGCCAACCCGCCUCUUCCUGGAGCUUAUACACCUAAACGGGGAGAUAUUUGCGCUGCUCAGUAUUCGGUGGACAACGAAUGGUACCGAGUCAAAGUUGAAAAGAUUCAGGCUGGUAAAACGCAAGUACUGUACAUCGAUUACGGAAACCGUGAGACCCUUAGCACAACGAGACUGGCUAGUUUACCAGCGGCAUAUUCCAAUGAAAAGCCUUUUGCGACCGAAUACGUCAUGCCUUACGUCAUUCUACCGAAAGAUGAGGAAUUCAAAGCGAUCGCAUUGAAAUAUUUGCGAGAAGAUACCAGCGUGGGUAAGGUGUAUCUGAAUGUUGAAUUCCGAACGCAGGGUGCUCCCGCGGCUGCCUCUUUGCACAAGGACACUUCUGGUAGUCAGGACAUUUUCAAAGGUCUCAUUGCGGAAGGCUUGCUUUUGGUCGAGAAUGUUAAGAGGAGACAAAAUAAAUUGCUUGAAAGCUACAGGACUGCCCAAGAUGAGGCUAAAAAGGGUCAUUUGAACAUUUGGGAAUAUGGUGACAUCACGGAGGAUGACGCCAAAGAAUUUGGACUUGGAGUUUAACGCUAAUCGGUUUGGGACCAGAUUUAAUUAAGUCAGCAGAGCAAGAACCUAUGUUACUAAAAUACAAAAUUUAGUUUAUGUAAUAAAUUUAAACACAUAUAUUUGUACUUUAAGUCAGAUUUGGUAUGUUAUCGUUUAAUGGUUCAACUUUGAAAGGACUGGUAUAAUAUUUCUGUUCAUUUAAAAUGUAGAUCUCAUCUGUCAUGUUCAGUUUAAAUUAAUUUUGGUAAUCUCAGAAAUUUACUUUUUAAAAAACAUUUCUGAAAGACAUUAAAAUAAUGAAAUUUUUAGUUAAAUAAAAUUAUCAUAAAUUUAAUAAUAAUAAUAAAUCAGGUAUUCGGACUUCCUUUUUACAAGUUGACAAAAUAAUAGAAUAUAAAUAUAUAGUUCUAAAAAUUUUCAUCUGUCAUCAAUUAUUGUAUCUGCAUAUUUUAACUACUUUAAUUUUUUUUACGUAAUGUUAGCCUUUAAAAAUAUUUUUGAACAAAGAACAGUGAUAAACCAUCUUUGUUUAUAAAUCAUUUAUAUGGAUGUAUUAUCUUACUGGUUUUAUUUUUAAUGAAUAUAGAGAUACUAUGUAUACAUGAUUAUCAAACAAAAAGAUUGGAGUUUAUUUAUAUAUACAGCAGAUCAGUGAGUGUAUACAAUAUACAGUUUUUAUACAACUAUGGGAAUAUUCCAUAUAUUUAUUUUAUUUUGUGAGAGGGUAUGUCUGCUAUAUUGUAGGGAGAGGCUCUGUUUUCAAAUAAAUUUGAUUACUUGCAA